UCGCGUGCGGAGCUUCCAGUAGGGAGGCUUCGGUUCGAGUUGGGAGGUUUUCCAUUGCUAGGAGGAAGCUGGGGUGGGGGUUAAGAAUCCAUUGGUUUUAUGCAAAUAUUUAAUUUGCACCAUCGACGUUUAAUUUCGUACAAGUAUGCACCGGGCGUCCUUGUGAAACCAGGGCAUUGGUUGCUGGAAUUGCACAUUGUUUUCGACCGUCCAGGAUCUGUUUUUGCAAGCCAUUCUACAUAAUGCUUCCAGAUGCUGGAACAUAUCACUUUCCUUGGGAAAUAAACUCUACUUCAGUACCGGAAGGGAAAACCCUGAGAACAUAUGGCAGACUUCACUCUUACGAUAUGGCCAUUUCCCAAGCCAUCUUAACAGCUCAACAUGCAUCUGAUCAGCACUGUAUUCAAGUUUGCACAAAGUUUGUAGAACCCUUUCAGGCUCAGCUUGGGUCUCUGUAUAUUGUCCUGGGGGAAACUGAAUUCAAGGAAGGUGAAAUGAUUCUAAAGGCUCGUGUAUUUACAUGUGUAGAAGGAAUAAAUCUUCAAUUGUUGGAAAAAGCUAUAGAGGAACAGAGAAAAUAUUUUCAGGAGAGAAGGAAAGAUCAUGAAGAAAGUAUAUGAUAGUACUAUGCUUCAGGCAGGAUUUAUUUUUGAGCAGAAAAUUUGCUGUUCUGUAUAUGAUCAUUCUUGCCUUUACUCCUGGUUUUGUUGGAGAUUAUAUUGCUUUGUGAAUACUUCCUUAAAAUUGGUUUGAUAUAAAGUUUUAGACUCUGAGGAUGCAGAUUAUGUCUAGAGUUCCAGAACUGGUCUCUGUAAUAGACUGUGAAUCUUAUACAUAACUCUAUUUAGAAACUUAUACAAACAAUACAGCAUGCAAAGGGCUAAUAGAAAUCUUUAUUUUGGAAGAUGAUUUUUGGAAAUUACAAAAGCUUGAUCCUUAAGCUUGUUUGAAAGCAAAGAAUUUUCUUAAUAUGCCAAAGAAACCAACAGUUGGUGGCUGUGGGGGAAAUGGCUUUUAAUUCUAAUUUUGUUGAUAGAAAAAAGUGUUUUUGCAGGCUUGGAAUGCCCCCCUUUUCCAUUUCCAUUUGUGACAAUACAACUUCCUUGCUUUCCUGAAGUUGUUGAACACCUUAAUCUUCCAUUGUACAAAUUUCAAAAUAUAUCACAUUUGUGAAAUAAAAGCUGUCAAAUAAUGAAUAUCUGA